UCCUGCGGCCCCGGCCCGGCCCGGCCCGGCCCGCCCAGGGGAGCGGCGGCGCGGGGCGCGGGCCCAUGGCCGAGCCGCUGCUGCGCCGGACCUUCUCGCGGCUGCGGGGCAGGGAGCGGCUCCGCAGGAAGAAGUCCGAUGCCAAGGAGCGAGAGCGCCCCUUGAGGACACCGGACUCUCCUGUGGAGCUGGUGCCAGAGACAGGCCCCAGUUCAGAGGUUGUGGCAGCGCCAGACCCUGAUGGGGGCUGCCGGAAGGGAGCAGCCAUCACUGUUUCCAAGAAGCAGAACUGGGCCCGGUUCUCAUGUGGGGUCCGGGACGAGCCCCGUGUCUCCUGUCGCAGGAAGGGCCCCGUCAGUUCAAAAGCCUCCCCAGAGCCCCAGGAUGAAGGUGAUGGGCGCAGCCCUGAUGAGAGCCCCCAGAGCCCUGGGCAGCCACGGUUGCUGCCCUCCUCACCCCACAUGGGGGAGCUGGCUAUGGAUGAGGAGGACGGGGGACCCGGUGAAGGUCCCUUGUGGCCUGACGGCCCCAGGGACGAAGAGGCUGAGUCACUGUGCAGCUAUGCAGAGUUGGGGGCUGCCGCUGGUGCCAUGAAGGGGGCCAGCCACGGUGCCUACCUGCAGAGUCUGGAGCGCAGCAGCCGGCACUGGGUGCUGUCCUCAGGGAAGGCCCUGGGCCCAGAUGAGUCAGCUCCCAGCACCAGGGCAGAGCAGGAGCCGGGUGCCAUGGGCAGCGAGGGCGAGAUCUGGUACAACCCCAUUCCUGAGGACGAGGAUGUGGUGGGCACCAGGCAGAACACUGAGCCCUGGAGGAGAUGGGGCAGUGUGGCCAGUGCCCAGGAGCCCGACCAGGCCCGGAUGGAGCCACCACACAAGCCCAGCAGUGAGGCGCCCUCCCGGAGCAGGGCCGGGGGUGCAGAGAGCCACAGUGCACGGACAGGGCUGGGACCAGAUGCAGCCAGUCAAGGCAAAGACGAGGGUGCCGGCAGGGCCCAGAGCUGCGGGAAGGCUCCGACGAUGCCAUGCAUGAGUGCUGAAGCAGUGCCAGGUGGCCCGUCGCCUCCACCUAGCCCUGGUGCUGCAAAGAAGGGACGUGCCCUUGGCAGGGCCAAGUCCCCGGGCACUGUGCGCCGCCUCUCCAUGAAGAUGAAGAAGUUGCCCGAGCUGCGGAGGAAGCUGAGCCUGCGCAGCACCCGGACCCGGGGGCCUGAGGCUGAGGGGGGUGGUGCCAUGGGAAGCACCUCGCCCCGGGAUGCCCGCAAGGAGUCUGGCAAUGUCAUCAGCCGUUACCACCUGGACAGCAGUGUGGAGGCCCGGCCGGGGCUGCCCCGUGGCAAGGCAGCUAGCAAGGGUGGCUACCUGAGCGACGGCGACUCCCCAGAGCUCCUGGCCAAGUCGGACAAGCACACUGGGGCUGAGCCAGAGCCAGGGACUGGGCCUGGGCUGGACGUAAGCUCCUUUCAAUCCUACAGCUUUGUGGAGCAGCCCCGCUGCGUGCAGCAGCUCUCCGGCCUCGUAAGUGUGCACCUGUAUGGGCUGCAGGACCUGCGGGCGCUGCGGGCUGAGGCCAGGGAGGUCUUCUGCGUGCUGCAGGUGGACGCGGCCCACAAGGCGCGCACAGCACUGCUGCCUGGCCAUGCUGCCUUCCUGCGCCUCAAUCACACCUUCAACCUGGAGCUGGAGGGUGCCCAGCUGCUCAAGGUUGUCGUCUUCUCCUGGGACCCAGCUGCUGGCCGCAACCGUGUCUGCUGCCACGGCACCAUCAUCCUGCCCCACAUAUUCAGAGGGUCACGGGUGCAGCAGCUGGCGUUGCAGCUGGAGCCGCGCGGCAUCCUCUAUGUCAAGCUCACGCUGGUGGAGCAGUGGGAUAUGCCCAAUGCCCGGGAGCCACGGGUCUUCGGUGUGGAGCUGCGCCAGCUGGUGGAGAGGGAGAAUGCUGUCCUCAAAGUGCCCUUGCUCAUCCAGAAGUGUGUGGCCCGUAUCGAGCGAUGUGGGUUGAAGGUCGUGGGGUUGUACCGGCUGUGCGGCUCAGCUGCUGUGAAGAAGGAGCUUCGCGACGCCUUUGAGAGGGACAGUGCUGCCGUGACACUCUCCGAGCAGCUCUACCCUGACAUCAAUGUCAUCACAGGGAUCCUAAAGGACUACUUGCGAGAGCUGCCCACGCCCCUCAUCACCCCCACACUGUACCAUGUGGUGUUGGAGGCCAUGGCACGGCGGCCCCCCCGGGCGGGGCUCAGUGAGAGAGAGGCAAUGGAGACAGUCGCCUUGCUGGACUGCCUGCCUGACAUUGAGAAGGCCACACUGACCAUGCUUCUGGACCACCUCAGCCUGGUGGCCUCCUUCCAUGAUUUCAACCGCAUGCAUGCGCAGAACCUGGCUGUCUGCUUCGGGCCUGUGCUGCUCAGCCAGAGCCAGGACCCACGGCGCCCCGGCGCCCGCAGCUAUGCCCACUGCGAGGACAUUGCCAGUGCCGUCGACUUCAAGAGACACAUUGAGGUGCUGCACUACCUGCUCCAGGCCUGGCCCGUGCCCCACAGGACCGAGGGCCCGGAGGGGACCCAGUCCAGCUGCCUACGGCCCAAGCGCCAUCCUGCUCUGCGGCUGGAGCUGUUGGAGAGCCAGGUGGUGGCUCGGCACCGGCCCCGGGGCCUGGAGAGCCCCCCCAGCAACCGCUAUGCAGGGGACUGGAGCGUGUGUGGCCAGGAGUUCUUGCUGCUGCCAGGGCCGGGGCCAGGAUCAGGGCCAGGAGGUGAGGCUGACUACGACGAGGUGGCUGGUAGUGACAGCGAGGGUGAGGGCACGGGCCUGGGUGGCCCCAGUCGGACCAUCUUCAUGGGGGACUUUGCACUGGUGGAUGACCCCGAGGCACCAUUCAGCCCCCGCCUCAACCUCAAGGACUUCGAUGCCCUCAUCCUGGACCUGGAGCGGGAGCUCUCCAAGCCCAUCAACGUGUGCCUCUGAGCAGCCAGGACCAGCUGCCCUGGGCUCUGCAGGGCCGCGAGGGAUGGGGAGUGCUGCUCUGAGCUCCUGAGGGACCAAUUAAUUCAGCCAUGUUCCCAAGGGUGCAUGGCCACACCACAGUAUUAGCAGGUACCUAGUGCCUGAGCCAAAGCCAUUUGGAGAGCGACCAAAGGUGCAGCACUUGGCUCUCACUGCCUUUGAUUUGCACAGCACCGAGUGAACGGGAUGGGGGGCCAGGGGUGCGACCAUGGUGCCAGCAGGGAAGGGCACUGUGGGGCUCUGCUGCCGGGGCAGGGGUAGGCUGGGGGGGGUCAUUUGUUGCAGCCUGGUACUGCGCCAGACUGACAGGGUGAGGUGUUGCACUCUCCACUGGGCAUUUUCCACCCCCCACCCGCUCUCACCUGCAACACAUGCCGGGGGGCACAACUCCCUCCUGGGCUCUCACAUGCCCUUUGCCUUUAAUAUGCCAAAGAACCUACCGCGGGCAGACCCGGGCCAACUCAAUGGGCAUCCCCAACCCGACCCUGUCAGCCCUACCAGCGUGUGGUGUGGGUGGCUGACUACAGCAGGGCUUGAGGCUCAGGAAAGCACCCCCACGCCAGGCCCCUGGCUUGCCCUUGAUUGGCAGGGUUGUGCAGCGGGCAGCCCCCAGGCAUAGAUGGUGCUGAGCCCUGAGUGUUGCUGCUCUCUUGGCUGAGCUCAUGGUCAUAUGGGGCAGCCUGGGCCUGGGUGGGGGUCAGCACUGAGGACCCUGACCACUCCAGACUGCACCGUCUUGCGCAGUAUUAGUGAGUACGGACAAGGUUCUGCAGCCUUCGUUGCACACGGGCUCCUGGGGCUGGGCUGCUGUGGGGCUGCUAGGUAGCACCUUGGAGUGGCACUUGUCCCUGCCUCUCUUUCAGGCAGGGCCUCUGCUAGCCCCUUUUGCCCGCUGCCCCAACCCCUCUGGGCUAUGGCUGGGAGGUCUUUGUGGCUCUUCUCUCCUCUGGCUUUGGCCACCCAGCCUGGUGCAUGGCCAACAGAAUACUGGGUGCUGCUCUCUGCAUAGGUGCCUCAGUGAGCCUGGCACGCUCAUCCAUGCCCUGACCUGAUGAGCCAUGAAGAGGCCAGGCCCCACUGGCUCUACUCAGCACCCUGGAAAGUGGCUGCAGUGUCUCCUCCCUUUCUUAGGGGCAACCCUGGGCUAAGGGUGCCAGGCAGGCCUGGACAGUACCACCCCACAGGGAUGGGGAGUUGCGUAAGUGGGUCAGGGGUAGCGAUGUGUACAGCUGGGAUCCUGCGGGGGGAGGCAGGAGGCGCCCUGUGAGGCAGUUGGGACACACCCAGCCCAGUGCUGUGCCCCAGGGACCCGGUACGGGAAACCAGCCUUAUUUAUUACUCUGGCUUGUGUGUUUCUGUAGGCAAGGAUGUGUGUGCGUGUGUUGGGCACAAGUGCAAAAGGUGGCAUGUAUGUGAGAUGCGUGUAUGUGUAUUAGUGCACGCGUGUAUGUGUAUUAGUGCACGCGUAUGUUUCUAUAUACAUGUGCAAGGAUGUGCGUGUGUAUGUAUUGGCAAGGAUGUGUACGUGUUGGGCACAAAUACAAAACGUUUUAAAUGUGUAUUCAUGCACAUAAGGAUGUGUGAUACUUGCACAAGUGUAUUGGUGCAUACAACGUAUGUGUGUUUAUGCACCCAUGUGUGCAUUUGUGCACAAGGAUGUGUCUGCAUUAGGAGCUGCUGCCCUCAUCUGACCCACAUGGGGAUUGCAUGUGUACAUCUUUUCCUUUUCACCGCAGAAUGUUUCACUUUUCACCAAAUAUUCAGUUACAGGAAGAAAAGCCAAUUUCUUUUUGCUGGGUGAAGGCAGCUCUGAAACUGUGAAGACUGUUCUUCUCUCAGUGCCACGACCAGGCUUUAGCAAUGCCUCUGCACCCCUCAAAAUACAAUCAUGUGGGGCAUGGAGCUAUCCCUGGUAGCAUGGGGGAGCCUUGUGCUGUGGGGCAGACACAAGGAGGGGGUAGUGGUGCCUUGUUCAGUAUUAGUGGGGCAAGAGCAGACUGAUGGUGAAGUGGUGCUGUGGCUUGUCCUGCCAUGAAGGAGGGGCUGGGUGGGGUCCCAGCUGCCAAACAGUGUUAUGGGAGCUGCCAGGUGCCCACAAGCUGCAUGCUCCCGCAGUGCCUAGCACCCCCCUGUGGGGCCACCCCAGUGCUCUCAGCUCUGGGGAUGGGCACAGAGGCUCUUCUUCCUGUGGUCUCACCAGGAAGCCCCUGAGCUGGGCUGGGAGGCUGAGCACCCUGGCAGGACCAUGCAGGAGUUGCCCUGCCUGGCUGCUUUGCAACCCGUGCAGGAGUUGCCCUGCCUGGCUGCUUUGCAACCAUCACCAGCAAUAAAGGAUGCAGGCUGCACUCA